CCCGAGCUCCCAAACGCACUUCAAUCAAAGAGCGUUUUUACGCUAUGGUCGAUUCAUUGAAGGUGUAAAAUAAUUUAAUUCGUUUGGUGGUGCUUUGUUCGUUGUAUUGUAACUAAAAGUUGGUGUAGAAUGGUGUUAAAUAAUCGGCAGUAUCUGUGUAUGUAUGGUACGUGAGACGAUUAGCGAGAUAUGUUCAGUGAAUUGGACGUUGUAAGGACAAAGUUAUGUUGAGUAUCUCCGUAUGUCACCGGGUUGCACCUCUAUACCUGGCGCUCGAAGCGGCUGCGUCGGUGCGUCGGUAGGGAUGGUGGCGUAGCGGCCGCGAUGACGCCGUGUCUGCUCGCGCUGCUGCUCGCCGCCUCGCCGCUGCUCGCGCUCGACAUCUCGCAAUGCAUCGCGCCGCUGGGCAUGGAGAGCGGGCAGAUCCCGGACCGCGACCUCAGCGCCUCCUCCUCCUUCAACGACGGCAACGUGGGCCCGCAGAACGGCAGGUUGAAUCAAGAGAUCAAGGGCGGCGCGUGGUGCCCAAAGGCGCAGGUGACGACGGAGGCCAGCGAGUGGCUGCAGGUGGAGCUGCCCGGCGUGCACGUGCUGACGGCCGUGGGCACGCAGGGCCGCUUCGGCAACGGCCAGGGCGUGGAGUACGCCGAGAGCUAUGUGCUGGAGUACUGGCGCCCGCGCCUCAACAAGUGGCUGCGCUACCGCGCCGCCGACGGCCAGGAGAUCCUGCCGGGCAACACGAACACGUACCUGGAGAAGAAGAACCGCCUGGAGCCGGCCAUCUGGGCGUCGCGCCUGCGCCUGCUGCCCUACAGCUCGCACCGCCGCACCGUCUGCAUGCGCGCCGAGCUCUACGGCUGCCCCUGGAGCGCCGGCAUCGUGUCGUACUCGAUGCCUAAGGGCAACAAGCGCAGCAACGGCGUGGAGCUGACGGACACGACGUACGACGGGCAGUGGGGCGCCGAGCUGCGCGGCGGGCUGGGCCAGCUGGUGGACGGCGUGUUCGGCGGCGACGACAUCCGCGAGGCCGCGCGCCCGUCCGCCUGGGUCGGCUGGCGCAACGACUCGCGCGCGCCGCCCGCCGUCACCUUCGAGUUCGACCGCGUGCGCGAGUUCAGCGCCGUCCACAUCUACUGCAACAACCGCUUCAUGCGCGACGUGCAGGUGUUCUCGGAGGCGGUGGUGUCGUUCUCUGUGGGCGGCGCGCGCUUCCAGGAGGAGGCGGUGCGGUUCGCGCCCGAGCCCGACCUCAUCUUCGAGGCGUCGCGCAACGUGUCCAUCAAGCUGCACCACCGCAUCGCCAAGUGGGUGCGCAUCGAGCUGCACUUCGCCGCGCGCUGGAUCCUCAUCAGCGAGGUCGUCUUCGACAGCGACGUGGCGCAAGGCAACUACUCCAUGGAGGUGGGGAAGGCGGCGGGCGCGCCAGCGGCGCCGGCGCCGGCCGCGGAGGCGCCGGUGUCGACGGCGCGCGCGCAGGACCCGCUGUACCUGGCGCUGGUGGUGGGCGUGCUGACGGCGCUGGCGGUGCUGCUGGGCGUGGCCGUGCUGCUGCUGGUGCACCGCCACCGCCACCGCAAGUGCUUCGCCUCGCCGCUGGCCAAGGCCGCCGCGCCCGCCGCCCACGCCGCGCAGCCCAUGGCCUUGGACGGCUACUCGGUGUGCUCGCCGCCGGACUCGAAGCUGCACAUGGAGUGCGCCAUGGAGAUGAAGGCGGACGAGUACCAGGAGCCCUACCAGCCGCUCAAGUGCGCGCCCUACUGCGGCUACAGCUCCGUGCUGCUGGAGAUGCACCCGCUCGCGCCCUCCGGUACCCCGCCCCCCCUAGCGAGUGCCAGGAGCCCCCCCAGCCGCUCAAGUGCGCGCCCUACUGCGGCUACAGCUCCGUGCUGCUGGAGAUGCACCCGCUCGCGCCCUCCGGGCAUUUAUACGAAUCCUCGAAAUAGCUUGCCCUACCUCCAUUUCGCGACAACAUGGCUGGCGCUGAGAAAAUACAGCUCCAACUACGAGUACGCGGUGCCGGAGCUGAGCUCGGCGCCGCUGCUGGGCCGGCGCCGCGGCGACUCGGGCUCCGAGCGCGGCGCCGCCGAGACGCUGCGCCUGGCGCGCCGCUCGCCCACGCUCAGCGCGCGCGACGCACGGGUCAGUGCCGGGACUAGUGUAGCCACCAUCAUACAGCUGGGCGCCGCUGCCGGGCCGGCGCCGCGGCGACUCGGCCUCCGAGCGCGGCGCCGCCGAGACGCUGCGCCUGGCGCGCCGCUCGCCCACGCUCACUGGGCGCCGCUGCCGGGCCGGCGCCGCGGCGACUCGGGCUCCGAGCGCGGCGCCGCCGAGACGCUGCGCCUGGCGCGCCGCUCGCCCACGCUCAGCGCGCGCGACGCACGGGUCAGUGCCGGGACUAGUGUAGCCACCAUCAUACAGCUGGGCGCCGCUGCCGGGCCGGCGCCGCGGCGACUCGGCCUCCGAGCGCGGCGCCGCCGAGACGCUGCGCCUGGCGCGCCGCUCGCCCACGCUCACUGGGCGCCGCUGCCGGGCCGGCGCCGCGGCGACUCGGCCUCCGAGCGCGGCGCCGCCGAGACGCUGCGCCUGGCGCGCCGCUCGCCCACGCUCAGCGCGCGCGACGCACGGGUCAGUGCCGGGACUAGUGUAGCCACCAUCAUACAGCUGGGCGCCGCUGCCGGGCCGGCGCCGCGGCGACUCGGCCUCCGAGCGCGGCGCCGCCGAGACGCUGCGCCUGGCGCGCCGCUCGCCCACGCUCACUGGGCGCCGCUGCCGGGCCGGCGCCGCGGCGACUCGGGCUCCGAGCGCGGCGCCGCCGAGACGCUGCGCCUGGCGCGCCGCUCGCCCACGCUCAGCGCGCGCGACGCACGGGUCAGUGCCGGGACUAGUGUAGCCACCAUCAUACAGCUGGGCGCCGCUGCCGGGCCGGCGCCGCGGCGACUCGGGCUCCGAGCGCGGCGCCGCCGAGACGCUGCGCCUGGCGCGCCGCUCGCCCACGCUCACUGGGCGCCGCUGCCGGGCCGGCGCCGCGGCGACUCGGGCUCCGAGCGCGGCGCCGCCGAGACGCUGCGCCUGGCGCGCCGCUCGCCCACGCUCAGCGCGCGCGACGCACGGGAGGAGGAGUGCAUGGUGCGCCUGGAGUCGCCGAGCCCGCGCGCGGCGGCGUCGGAGCUGGCGCGGCGGCUGGCGGGCGCGGCCGUGCCCGAGGUGCCGCGCCACCGCCUGCGCAUGAUCUCCAAGCUGGCCGAGGGCGCUUUCGGCACGGUGUACGUGGCGGAGGCGGACGGCGUGCCGGACUACGACGGCGUCGUGACGCCCGAAGCGCGCCUCGUCGCCGUCAAGUUCCUGUGCCCCGACGCCAACGAGCGCGAGAGACAAGAGUUCGAGCGCGACGUGCGCAUCCUGGCGGCGCUGGCGUGCCCGCAGCUGGCGCGCGUGGUGGGCGUGUGCCGCGCGGCGCCGCUGGCCGUGGUGCUCGAGUACCUGCAGCACGAGCUGGGCGCCUUCCUGCGCGCCGCCGCGCCGCCGCCGCCGCCCGCCGCGCUGCUGCUGGUCGCACAACAAGUGGCCGCCGGCAUGCGCUACCUGCAGGCGCUCGGCUUCGUGCACCGCGACCUCGCCGCACGAAACAUCCUGAUCGGCAAGGGCUACCAGGUGAAGAUCAGCGACUUCGGCACCGACAACGAGGCGUACGCGGGCGACUACUACAAGGUGGCGGGGCGCAUCCCGCUGCCGCUGCGCUGGGCCGCCUGGGAGGUGGCGCUGGCCGGCCGCCACUCCGCCAGCAGCGACGCCUGGGCCUUCGCCGUCACGCUGUACGAGGUGUACACGCUGUGCCGCGUGCGGCCCUACGCGCACCUGGCCGACGCCGGGGUGCUGGCCAACCUGGCGCACCUGCAGGCCGACGACGGGCUGUUCGAGAGCCUGCCGCGCCCGCCCGCCUGCCCGCGCGAGCUCUACGACGCCAUGCGGGCGUGCUGGCGCCGCGACGCCGCGCGCCGGCCGUCCUUCGCCGAGCUGCACGAGCUGCUGCGCCGCCUGGCCGCGUGACG